AAAAGGAUCUCUGACACAAUAAACAUAUCAAGAGGUGUCAAUGUUUAGCUAGCAGUUUGGGCUAACUGGACAAUUAUUACCUAGCAAUGUUUCUCACCAAAUAACAACGUUGCUAACCAAGAUUUAUGUAUAUCGUUCAGCCAGUUGAUUGACAACUGUCAGCUAAAAUGAAUCUGGGGUGAGUUAUGUUUUUUGUCUAUCACCAGUCGUGUUUAAAGUUAGCUAGCAUAGCUAACGUUAGCUAGAGAGUUUUGCAGUUGGUGACGUAAGCUAGCUAGCUAGCUAAAGCUUGUAAACCAGCCAGCAAAGUUUGGAAAGAUAAUUUGUCUAGCAUUGUACUGUAAUGUUAUAUCUAUAUCUGCCUUAUGUAGCAAGCUAGCUACCUAACGUUAGAUCUAUAGCUAUAACCUUUUGUUUUGGUGAACAGGGAUGGUCUGAUGUUCGAACUUGAAAAUGGAAAGCCCAGGCUAAUUCUAACCAAUCAUCAUGGUAGGUAUCAUACCUUUCAGUUAAACUUUAAGAUAUCAAUAUACAUUACCAUGUGCUUCAAAGGAAUCAAAGCUGAUUUGAACUUGAGUUGUAAUUUAUGUCUUGCCAUGAUUGUAGGUGUUGAUAUGAAGAAUCAAAAUAAGGUAAGAGAUUGAUCUGCUAUCUAACAACCAACUGUUACUUUUUGCACCUAGGGUCAUACAUUUACAUUUUAGUCAUUUAGCAGACGCUCUUAUCCAGAGCGACUUACAGUUAGUGAGUGCAUACAUUUUCAUACUGGCCCCCCGUGGGAAACGAACCCACAACCCUGGCGCUGCAAGCGCCAUGCUCUACCAACUGAGCUACAGGGGACUAAAUGCAUGAACUGUAACUUUCCUUGUUGUUUUCCUUUCCUUUUUAUGUCUUAAUGUUUAGAUACUCUCUCGAACCAGACCGCAAAAUGCUCUCAACUCAAAGAAGUUUCCUGAGCCAGUAUCUGAGGAGCCUCUGAGAGUACAGAGGAAACGUGCAGAGAGGAGGACGGCAGUCCCUAUCACCAACACUGUGCCAGUCAAGAAUGACACUCCAAUGGUUGCAUCCAAUCAUACAAAACCAAAGGCCAAGGGCAGCACUGACCACAAUACCAAAGCCGUGGCCAAAGUGCCCUCAGCUAAAGAACACAGGCAGAUAGCCACUGAUAGACCUCCAAAGACCACUGUGAAGGACAGCUUGGUCUGUUUGACCAAUGAGCAGCUCCAACAGAUCCUCAGCACAAUCAACAAUCAGGACGUACACACCCAGCCUCAAACAGGUGAGAGUGGAUGUUUACAAUCAUCCCAAUUCUAGUGCAACUGGCACUCUGUUAAAUAAACCUGAUGAUGAAAUUGAAGAUGUACCACUACCUGCUAUGAUACAUGUAGCUAACAGUGUCUGCAUAUCCCUAAGGAAAUGCAGGGAACUCUAAAGAGGAUUGCCUGUUGAAUGGAACGGGGAGAGAAGGGAGUGCUGCACAUGUUAGUGGGAAUGGAAACUCACAGGGAAAAAGGGAGGAUGAAAGGUCAUGUUCUAGUAGCACAUUUCACAACUUGACAACUUGUAUUUAACUUACUUUCUUUUAUAAUAUAAUAAUAAUAUGACAUUUAGCAGACGCUUUUAUCCAAAGCGACUUACAGUCAUGUGUGCAUACAUUUUUACGUAUGGGUGGUCCCGGGGAUCGAACCCACUACCCUGGUGUUACAAGCGCCAUGCGCUACCAAUUGAGCUACAGAGGAGCAGGUGGGUGAAUGGUGGUCUACUGUCUGGCCUGUUCAGUUCUCUGGGAGAAAGAGAGAUGGACAAAGAAGCAGUGGAGGCCAAAGAAGCAGGGGGGGGGGGGGGGAGUAUUUUUAUUUAUGUAAAAAGCCCUUUUGUGGGGAAAAACUCAUUCUGAUUGGCUGGGCCUGGCUCCCAAGUGGGUGGACCUGGCUCCCAAGUGGGUGAGACUAUGCCCUCCCAGGCCCACUCAUGGCUGCGCCCCUGCCCAGUCAUGUGAAAACCAUAGAUUAUGGCCUAAUGAAUUUAUUUAAAUUGACUGAUUUCCUUCUAGGAAGUGUAACUCAGUAAAAUCUUUGAAUUUGUUGCAUGUUGCGUUUAUAUUUUUGUUCAGUAUAGAAUCGUGAAAAUCACAAUACAUAUCGUGUCGGCACCUAAGUAUCGUGAUAUAGUAUUGUGAAGUCCCUGGCAAUUCCAAACCCUAGGACCACAGCACACCAUACAGCAAAGGUCUGAUUUCACUUUCGGUAGUGCCUUUACAUGUUUUUUAUUUUUAAUCUAUGGGAUUUUAAGCACUUACAAAUUCAUAACAUAUCAUAUGAAUUUCACAUUAUAUUACAUAUCAUACGAAAUGGAUGACGUAGUGCACAAUUUUCUGGGACCCAUUUUGGCUCCUUAGCAUUAUUUUCAAAACUACUGCCUGAAAUUAUUCAAAACCUCUGGAGCAUCACUUUAAUUGAUUGAUUGGUGGUGUCUGGGUAUUGUGGUGUGAUACAGCUUAUAUCAGACAUUAAUGAAGUGAUUUGAUUGGCUUGCUUCUCUGUCUGGUUAAGAUGAACAGAUGGCUCUGAAGGAACAGCAGAAAGACCUGAGCAGACCAGAUGUCACGGCAGACUAUGGCCCAAGGGGAAAAAUGACCAUCUCAUCUAAACCUGGUCCUGGAGAUGGUCACAUGCACACCAGGGUAGGCAAUGGAUUUCACCCAAUCAAUGUCAUUAUUAUCAGCUCAUUGGCUCUAAUAGUUUUCACUGUCAAUGUCCUAAGAAUAUGUUUGUUGACAAGCUUCUGUGGUCUCUGGCCAGAUGCAGGAGGAGAGGCUAGGAGGACCCGGUCUGGAGGACACAGACACAGUGUGGUCCACUCAGAGCUGCAGCAGUCACAGAGACCUCCCUUCUGCUAUCAGAUCUGCCUUCGUGGUGGGGGUAGAGUACCAUUCACUACCAUAACGUAAAAAACACACAUUUACUAUUAGAGUUACAGGUAACAGCCACAGGCCAUCUCAACUGAAGGUUACAACAGAGUGCUGUUGUAAUGUUGCUGUUUUUGUGAUUGUGAUGUCCAGGAGGCCACCCCAGUAGAACAUGCCUUCAGCGCUCAGAAGAAGGAGCAGCAUAGGAGAUGGCUGCAGGACCUGGACCAGCAGAGGGAGGAGGAUAAGCUUCGACGCCGGAAGGAGAAACAGUAUCUCAGCCAAGUAACAGGCUGAUUAAUUGCUUAGUUGAAUCGGGUUUGUUAGUGCCGGGAUAUAAUUAAAAUGUUUGCCCCUGUAGGUUCCCAGGACUUGAAUUGAAAGCAUUGCUCAAUAGCGUGUUUACACUAACCCACCUCCCUCCCUCUCUCCCAGGCUGAGGACCAUGAGCGCUGGGCCAUGCACUUUGACUCCCCGCAGAUGAGAGUCCCUCUCCAGGUCCCCGUGGCUGCAGAGAGGGGCAAGUCAGAGCCCCUGAGCUCCCUCAGUCACCAGAGGACCGCUUCUGGAGCCCUGUCUGUGGCCUGGGACGGAGCCAGCACCUACGGAGGGGACAGUCUUGGGAGAGCCAGCGUCGACACCACUGGAGGCUUCCCACAGAAGGCCAGGUGAGCCAUCCAGUACAGGAGGAACAAUUAUUAAUUAUAUUCUAUUCUAUGAUUAUAUUUCUGUGUUCAGCCAUCUCCGUACCAUGACGGCCCUACUGGACCCAGCCCAGAUCGAGGAGAGAGAGAGGAAGAGACUGAAACAGCUGGAGCAUCAGGUAUGAGUGGGAUAACGGGAGAAGACCAAGCCCUUUAACCUAAUGUUGAAUCUUACGCAAUGUUCUAUGUUGGACCCCAGGAAUAUUAUCUGACGUCAUGGCGUCAGCUAAUGGGGAUCCUAAUAAAAUGUUGAAUUCUCUUGGCCAUUGAGACUCUGAGAUGAUUGAUAGGAUUGUGGAUUGGUUGUCCCGUCCUGUUCCAGCGUGCCAUUGAGGCUCAGGUGGAGGAGAGGAGGAGGCAGCGUGAAGCGGAGGAGGCCGUGCGCCAGGCUGUGGAGCAGGAGGAGGAGAGGAGAGUGGCGCAGGAGAGAGAGCUGCUUCAGACACAGUACCAGCUUGACACUCAGAGAAAGAGACACAAGGAGGUCAGAGCACACGGACGUUACACUUCUGAACUUAGAGCUCAUUGGGGAUCUCUGGCAGUAGAUCCGCUUUAAUGAAAGAGAUGACUAGCAAUCACAAAUUAAGUUAAUGUCAUGUGGCUGGAGCUUGCCAGCUUUUUCAUUUUGAAUUGUAUUAUGAGUUUUAGCCUACUCCUGUUGUGUUGUCAUGCCAAGCAUGCAUUAUAUUAACUGACAACAGACUGUGUUUGUUGGGGUCUUUGUAACACGUGCGGGGUUCCUUGCAGGAGCAGCACAGUCGGAAGCAGGAGGAGCUUUACCUGAGUGUUCAGCGGGCCCAAGAGGAGGCCCUGAAGGACAAGCACCAGCAGAGGAUCAGAGAGCUGGCCAGGAAGGGACACGACGUCUCCAAGCUGCAAUGCUCUCUGGAGGGGGAACCUGGCUCGUCACAGGGUGAUUACAGUUACCGGGGCUAAUUACAGGGUGUUGCCGGGCCUAAAAAAGUCUUAGUCUGCUUAAUUGUUGCCACGCAGCAAAACAUAUAUAUAUAUUUUUACAUGAAAUAAUACUCGAAGCGCACUGUCAAGAGAGCUAUCCAACCACGUGUGCCUCUGUGGGUUCACGUCAUGUGCGUGUGCCAGUGCAAGCCGGGCGGUUGCCAGAGGAGAGAGCAAGGUGGCCUACAAUUAUAUAGACCACAACACUAAUAGAGCUGGGACGGUGGUCAAACCAAAAAAUUACCGACAUUGCUCUCCUCUUACCGAGGUAAAGUAGGUGACCUAGAAUGGCACAUGGGAGCAGGAGUCUGUCUCCUGUUUCUGUAACGUCGGUAAUUUCGGUAAUAGGCUACUCAAUGUUCCUGCAGAUUUUUGGGUUCUAAAACCAUUAUUUGGUCAACAGUAUUAUGCAUUAACCUGCUUCCUGCAGUGAAAGUAUCUGCCCUGUCCCUGUUUCGCUGCUGGCGCUCACUCCCUCUUCCCCCUUUGCACACUGAGUGAAGGGAGAUAUGCGUUCUGAUUAGCGCAAGCAUACUGACAGUUGAGCAACAUUUCAAAAUGUAAUUGCAGGAAAAACAACUACCGUUACUGUUGUUAAAAAAGAGGAUAGUCUCAGCUUUAUGAGGUAUAAAAAGUAUUUCUCAAGUGUCAAUAUAGAGGAAAUUACACCUUCACAAACCGUGUGUAAUUGAGAUGAUGCGCCAGCAGAACGGAGUGGAGCAAGCCAUUUAAGGUGAAAAGGCCUACAUCGGCCGAUUUUAUAGGCCUACCAGUGGAAAGAUUUUGUAGGACAUCACAUUUACUGUAAGAUCAAUUGCAUGGCUAUCUAGCAACAAUAUCAUAUUUAGUUAGCAAUCUAGCAAAUGUUUUGUGUUCCCACUUCCUUAUGUGUUAAAUAAUGUAGCUAUAGGCAUAGCCCAGGGCUCUCCAACCUGUUCCUGGAGAGAUACCCUCCUGUAGGUUUUCGCUCCAACCCUCUAAUCUAGCACCCCUGAUUCUAAUAAUUAGCUAGUUGAUAAGUUGAAUCCGGUUAGUUACAACUGGGAUUGGAGUGAAAACCUACAGGAGGGUAGCUCUCCAGGAACGGGGUUGGAGAACCCUGGCCUAGGACAAUAUGCACAGAAAACAUGCAGGCAAAUUGAUCUCUAAAGAGACAAAAAUAUCGAACUAUUCUGGAUCCUAUUUUGACAUGUUGCAUGUCAAAAUAUCCAGCUUUCCCUGAACAUGUUAGAUGAAAUAGUUAACUUCUUUCAUGUCUUACUUGGCACUGGAUUGCAAAAGUAUUCAUCCCCCUUGGCAUUUUUGUUGCAUUACAACCUGUAAUUUAAAUUGAUUUUUAUUUAGAUUUCAUGUAAUGGAUAUACACAAAGUAGUCCAAAUUGGUGAAGUGAAAUGAAAAAAUAACUUAUAAAAAAAAAUUCUAAAAAAUAAGUCACGGGAAAAGUGGUGCGUGCAUAUGUAUUCACCCCCUUUGCUAUGAAGCCCCUAAAUAAGAUCUGGUGGAACCAAUUAUCUUCAGAAGUCACAUAAUUAGUUAGAUUGCACACAGGUGGACUUUAUUUAAGUGCCACAUGAUCUCAGUAUAUAUACACCUGUUCUGAAAAGGCCCCAGAAUCUGCAACACCACUAAGCAAGGGGCACCACCAAGCAAGCGGCACCAUGAAGACCAAGGAGCUCUCCAAACAGGUCAGGGACCAAGUUGUGGAGAAGUACAGAUCAAAGUUUCAGAUAUUUUUUUAUAACCCAACCCUGAACAUCCCACGGAGCAUAUUAAAAAAUUGAAAGAAUAUGGCACCACAACAAACCUGCCAAGAGAGGGCUGCCCACCAAAACUCACGGACCAGGCAAGGAGGGCAUUAAUCAGAGAGGCAACAAAGAGACCAAAGAUAACCCUGAAGGAGCUGCAAAGCUCCACAGCGGAGAUUGGAGUAUCUGUCCAUAGGACCGCUUUAAGCCGUACACUCCACAGAGCUGGGCUUUACGGAAGAGUGGCCAGAAAAAAGCCAUUGCUUAAAGAAAAAAAUAAGCAAACACGUUUGGUGUUCGCCAAAAGGCAUGUGGGAGACUCCCCAAACAUACGGAAGAAGGUACUCUGGUCAGAUGAGACUAAAAUUGAGCUUUUUGGCCAUCAAGGAAAACGCUAUGUUUGGCGCAAACCCAACACCUCUCAUCACCCUAAGAACACCAUCCCCAUGUUUUUCAUCGGCAGGGACUGGGAAACUGGUCAGAAUUGAAGGAAUGAUGAAUGGUGCUAAAUACAGGGAAAUUCUUGAGAGAAACCUGUUUCAGUCUUCCAGAGAUUUGAGACUGGGUCGGAGGUUCACCUUCCAGCAGGACAAUGACCCUAAGCAUACUGCUAAAGCAACACUCGAGUGGUUUAAGAGGAAACAUUUAAAUGUCUUGGAAUGGCCUUGUCAAAGCCCAGACCUCAAUCCAAUUGAGAAUCUGUGGUAUGAUUGCUGGACACCAGUGGAACCCAUCCAACUUGAAGGAGCUGGAGCAGUUUUGCCUUGAAGAAUAGGCAAAAAUCCCAGUGGCUAGAUGUGCCAAGUUUAUAGAGACAUACCCCAAGAGACUUGCAGUUGUAAUUGCUGCAAAAGGUGGCUCUACAAAAUAUUGACUUUGGGGGGGUGAAUAGUUAUGCCCGCUCAAGUUUUCUGUAUUUUUGUCUUAAAAAUAUUUUGCAUCUUUAAAGUGGUAGGCAUGUUGUGUAAAUCAAAUGAUACAAACCCCCCAAAAAUCUAUUUUAAUUCCAGGUUGUAAGGCAACAAAAUAGGAAAAAUGCCAAGGGGGAUGAAUACUUUCGCAAGCCACUGUAGAACCCUUUCCGUUUAGCGACCUUGCUUCGAAGUAAAGCCAUUUGAUACCUGAUUCACUGAAUGAGGGAAUUAUUUUAUUAUACUUUUUGUUUGUAGGCUAAUGUAUGUUAUAAUGUUAUAGCAUAUUACAUCCAAGAGAGCCACUGGGUGUUUAGACUUUUGUUCCAGCCCUACUCUAACACACCACAUUCUACAAAUCAACUGCUCAACAGGACCAUGUUAAGCUGACCCUGGUGUGUUUGAGCAGUGCUGGAUCAAAAUCCUGCACACCCAGUGGCCUAGCUCUCCAGGUGGGGAGUCGACCGCAUGUGCUUUAUACAGUAACAGUGCUAUUUGACUAAGCCUUCUGGUUUCCCGGACUGGACUAUAACUAGUCCUGGACUAAAAAACGUUCAAUAGAGAUUCUCCAUUGAACAUGGUGUUUAGUAGAUGACUACCAGGGCCUGGGAAACCUUGGGACUCUUGGUAUUUGAUGAAAGCAAAGUAGGUUUGUGAUUGUUCUGUCUUCAGUCUUUAACACCAGCUCAGGACCAUACCACUACCAGACAGGGAGGGAGAUGGACACCCUGAGAGAAGAGACUUGCAGCACCACCUCCCUUAGGAAGGACACGGCAGUCCAGACUGGUAAUAUACAUUACACUACUGAUUUAGUGUCAUGUACCGUGUACUAUAAAGGCAUGCAUCUACUACUCACCAAAUCCCCAUUGUAAAUAGGCAUUCUAAAAUGCCUCCCUGUGUGUGUUCUCUCUGUGUCUGCAUAGAGGUGAACCCAGCAGUCAGGCCAGGCUGCAGAUACACAGUGGAGGCUCUAGGUAAUCGAAGCCAGGCGGUGCAGACCUCAGACAUCCCUGUAGAGCACAGACCUCCUCCUCCUCCCAACGCCAAGAGGUACAGAUGGGAGGCCAGGCAGGAGGCACGGCUGGCCCAGAGGAACCCUCCUGGCCCAGGGGCGGGGAAGGAGAACGUUUGGCUGAACGACCUGGGAGGUAGAGGAGGAGGUGGAGAAGGUGGUGUGUAUUGGUUUUUUCACUGUCUAUAAGUGAGACAAAAUAAUUUCCUCUUGGGGAUUAAUAAAGUACAGUCUCAUCUCAGGUGCAGGAGACCUGUACGAGGCCUUUGCCCGGACAGACCGAGGCCAGGGCCAGAGACAUAGGGGAGGAGGUCGCAGGCCAGAGUGGAACACUCAGAGACCCAGUAAACCCUUUGUCCCAGCAUCGGAGCGCUACCCUGCAGGGCUGCAACACACCAGGCAGGAGAGCCGCCUCCACAGGCAGAUGGAACUCAUGACCCUGAUGGAGAGGAACACCAGAACCCCUCACCCUCCUGACCCCGAACCUGCUGACCCCUCGCCACCACAUGCCAACUACCCUGCUAGCACUGCACAGGGCAGGAUUAAAAAUGCUAUCACAGGUGUGACACACGCCAUGGCUGUUCACACUGGAAGGUGAGUAGAAAUACAGGCCGUGGUGUUACAUCUGUAGCCUGGUUAAAUCAGACUGAACACAGACUGUUUACUGUUUGAGGUGAAAUCAUUUUCAGCAUUCCGUCUGGUUUAACCAGGCUACCACAUUCCGUCUGGUUUAACCAGGCUACCACAUUCCGUCUGGUUUAACCAGGCUACCACAUUCCGUCUGGUUUAACCAGGCUACCACAUUCCGUCUGGUUUAAUCAGGCUACCACAUUCCGUCUGGUUUAACCAGGCUACCACAUUGACAGAUGUAGUGACAGUGUAAUAAGGUAUUGCUCCUCCAGGGGGCCCCCCAGAUCCCCUCCAGUUCCUGCCAUCAAACACCGCCUUCAGAAGCAGUCCCGUGGCUCCCGCCCCCCUACCCAGGCCCAUGGGUCGCUCCAGGACACAGUCAGCCCCCCCCCCCCCUCUGACUACGUCCCCUACCUGAGGACCGAUGAGGUGUACCACAUGGAUCCCCGUGCCCCCAUCUCCAGACCCUCUACACAUCCACAGACACAGCAACAGCCACACACAGGUCAGUUUCACUGUUGCUGCGGCUCUGCUCUCAACACCGUAACUUUGUCAUGUUAUUGUCGAGCCAAAGGCAAAUUUACAAUAAUAUACAGAUUUAUUGUGCAUAGGGAUCAUCUCAGAUGUAUUCUGGGUAUUGUCAGAUGUAUUUUGUGUAUAGUGCUAGUUUCAUGUUGUGGGUAUUGUAACAGAUGCGGUCCAGUGCAGGCCCAUUAGCCCUCCCCAUCAGAAGGACCCGCUGCUCCACCCAGAGCUGCUUAGGAACACAGAGAGACAGCAGGCCAUACUGAAGAGCCUCUCAAAGCUACGGCAGGUAUCUGUAUUACACCUAGCACACACCUAUUCCAUAUUCUAGAUUUUCAGUGUCUUCUGUGCCAUUCUCCACCCUUCUCCUCAGUGAGCUCUCCUUCACUCUAAAGUAAAAAGCAAGCAUGUGUUAAUGGCCCCCUCCCCUUGUUUCUUACACCAGUCCAUUUCUUUUAAAUCCACGAGGGAGAGUAAUUGAGUGAACACUUCAGGGAGAGAGUAGAGAAUCUGAAAGUAGGCGGGAGGAAAUAACUCACAAGCACUGUCAUUUGAUUCCAGGGUUUGUUACAGAAGCAGAAAGAGCUGGAGACAGGACUGAACCCUUUGUUGAUCGUUGCUGAGGACCACCACUGA